CCUUCUCUCGCUCUCUCUCUUUUCGGAGUUUAUUCUCUUUAUAGAGAUAUAUAUUUGCAUAAAAAUAAAUUUAUUUUUCUCUCUGUGAUUAUUGCUCGAAUCGAGUGAUAUUUGAUAAAAAUGGCCCUUCGAUUGGGUCCAAAACACAUCGAAUUAGCUGGAAAGUGGUUUCCAACUGUAGCAACCUAUGGAGCUGGUGCAUCACUAGCAUUGUUGUAUUUUACUGAUUGGAAAGCAGUAUUGCAAUAUGUUCCUUUCUACAGAAACAAAUUUGAGGAAUAGAUCACAAUAGUCGCAUCAAUUCUCUGAUAUAAAUUAUGUAAUAAUCCUAUUGGAACAAUAAAGAU